GUCAUACUUUAGUAUGUCGUCCAGAAUCGCAGGUUAUGGAGACUGUUUUCUCUGUUUUUGUGGAGUCCCGAUCAGGUAUUUCUUGUUAAUAGCUGCUGUUUUUAUUUUAUUUUUUUGCAGAGAGCUGCUGAAGGAUCACCCGUACUUCUAUGUGCCUGACGUCAUUGACGAGCUCAGCAGCCCGCAUGUCCUCACCACAGCGCUGGUUCCCGGGUUUCCUCUGGACCAGGCCACCGACCUGUCCCAGGAGCUCAGGAAUGAGAUUUGUGAGCAGAUCCUAAUUUUGUGCUUGAGGGAGCUUUUUGAGUUCAGAUACAUGCAGACUGAUCCAAACUGGUCCAACUUCUUCUUUGAUCCACAAGCUCACAAGGUUGCACUGCUGGAUUUUGGAGCUACUCGAGGAUUUGACAAGAGUUUCACUGACACCUACAUCGAGAUUAUUCACGCAGCAGCAAAUCAGGACAGAGAAGGUGUCCUGCAGAAAUCCAGAGACAUGAGGUUCCUCACAGGAUACGAGUCAAAGGUAACAAACAUCUUUAUCAUCAGCCACAUUUACAUCUUAAGAGCAACCAUCAAGAGGCAGAUAAAUCCUGACAAAAAAAAUACAAAACUUGG